CUACGUGAAAGAUUGUCUAAAAAACAAGUAGAUUCUGCGUUUCUUCAUAUGCAAUCAAUUCGAAGAAAACUUCCUUCUGCAAACUACAAAGAUCAGAUUUGCAAGGCUCUCUCUUCAAGUAACGCUCUUGUACUUUGUGGAGAAACUGGCUGUGGAAAAUCUACUCAGGUUGGUCAAUUCAUUCUUGAAGACUGUAUUGACAAAGGAAUAGCAUAUAAAUGCAACAUCAUUUGUACACAACCACGAAAACUCAGUGCAAUUGCACUUUCCAAACGCGUUGCUGAUGAGCGGUGCGAAACAGUUGGUGAUAUGGUUGGCUAUGCUGUUAGGGGAGACACGUCUCGCAGUGACAAUACCCGAUUGAUGUUCUGUACCACUGGAAUUCUAUUAAGAAUGCUACUUGGCGAUCCCACUCUUACCGGUAUCAGUCAUGUCAUUGUUGAUGAAGUUCAUGAGCGUAGUGUCGAAAGUGAUUUUUUGCUUAUUCUUUUGCGUGAUUUACUUCAAAAAAAGAGCUCUCUGCGUGUUAUUUUAAUGAGUGCAACCAUCAAUGCCGAUACUUUUUCUUCAUACUUUUUAUGCAGUGUUAUGACUAUUCCAGGAUUCACGUAUCCUGUAACUGAUCUGCAUUUGGAGAACAUUCUCGGUAUGAUUGAUUAUAUACCAGAUCUUCCAAAGCAAAAAAGCAGUAGUCGUAAAGAAGCAUCACAGAUUGAUUUAAAAAGUGAUCAAGAUGGUUUUGAUGAUAUGUGGAGUCAUCAUGAUUUAUCUGAUGGUAUUAAAAAUGCUCUUGCUAUAGCCGAACGCAACAAGCUUCUUCGAAUUGACCACAAGCUGAUUGCAGCGACUGUGUCUUAUAUUUGUAAAAACCACGAUGACGGAGCUAUUUUAAUUUUCUUGCCUGGUGUAUCAGAUAUCAAACGUUGCAUGGAUACACUCAAGCAAGAUGUAUCAUUGAAAAAUGAAAAUCUUUGCAUAUAUCCACUACAUGCCAAUCUGACCAACACCGAGCAAUCCAAGAUUUUUAGACCAACUCGUCGUUCUGAACGAAAAAUUGUGAUUGCCACCAACAUUGCCGAGACAAGUAUCACUAUCGAUGACGUAGUGUUUGUCAUUGAUUCUGGUAAAGUCAAAGAAAUUACCCUACGAAAUGAAGUGGUUACUCUCUCGGAGACGUGGUGUUCCCAAGCGGCAUGCAAACAACGACGUGGUCGAGCUGGCCGUGUCAAGUCUGGCUAUUGCUUCAAACUUUUUACUAGUCAUUUUGAAAAGAGCCGGAUGAAUCCGUUUCCUGAGCCGGAAAUUUUACAAACUCCGCUUGAGCAGCUGUGUCUUCAAAUUCGCGCCAUGAAUGUUCAAGAUAUUACCAACUUUCUUUUCAAGGCUAUUACACCACCGCCUAUUGAAAUGGUGCAUCGCGCAAUAGACUUUUUAAAAACAAUUAAUGCUUUGGAUGAGCACGAGAACCUGACAAAUCUUGGAAAGCAUAUGUCUGCAAUUCCAGCAGACGUUCGUUUAUCCAAAAUGCUACUAUUUGGAGCCAUAUUUCAAUGUGUUGGUCCUAUACUUACAAUCGCGGCAUGCUUGUCAGAAAAAAGUCCAUUUAUAUUUCCGUCUGACUCUCAAGAUCAAUCCGAAGCAACAAAAAUUCGUAAACAAUUUUCUGACGGAGAAAGUGAUUUACUAACGGCAUGCAAAGUAUUUGACGAAUGGGUGCAACUACCUACAUCUCAACGGCGUGAUUUUUGCUCAAAGAACUAUCUAUCACAUACCAAUCUUGAGAAUAUUGCAGAUCGUCGAUUGCAGUUUAGAGAUAUUCUUGUAGAUAUUGGAUAUCUUGAAUUCAAAGAAUAUAAUGUGAGCUCAACUGUAGCAGACCCUAACAUAGUCAAGGCAGUAAUCGUUGCUGGACUGUAUCCUAAUAUUGCUCGAAUCCGCUUUCCUGAAAAACAGUACGAACAGAUUGCACAUGGCACAGUUGCUAUUGAUUCUCUUUUCAUUCAUCCAUCAUCUAUAAAUUUUGAGACUACCAAAUAUCAAUAUGGGCAUCUUGCCUUUAAUCGAAAACUUGCUACAUCCAAGAUUUUUAUUUUAGAUCCAACACCUGCUUCACCAAUUUCUAUACUGAUGUUUGGUGGAGCAAUAGACACGCUGCAUGAUGGACACGCUAUUGCUGUUGGAGAAGUUGCUCGUUUCCGAGCAUUCCCGCGUGCCACGGCGCUUAUUCACGGCUUGCGGCGGCUACUUGAUAUAUUAUUAGCUGAAAAGUUUGAAGAUCCCAUGAAAGAUGUC